AUGACAGGAGUAUUCGGAUCUCUGUUGUUCUGCACCUUCACAGUGCUUACGUCUGCCCAGGCUGAUUUCAUCUCAUCUAAGGAAAUUACAAGCCUUGCUGAGACGGUGGAAGCGUGGAGAGACUGCGGACAGGCCGAACUGUACACCCAUCUCCUGGUCACGUGCACGCUGUCAUUCGUCACCGAUCUGCUGCAGGCUGGGAACGAGAGUAUAUGCCUGUGGCCUGCGUCAUCAAACUCUGCCCUUUGGCCGUACAGUCGCCUUGUGGCGUGCACCCAUCAAGUCGGAUUCAUCACAAACUGUAGAGAAGCCAUCCUGGCCAACAGAUUCAUGCUGGAAAUACACAAGAGCUUCUACUCUGACUGCCCCGUGCCGCCUGUGGUGCAGACAGACGCCCCUGUCUACAUUUCCGCCAUUUUCAUCACCUUCACCACGUCCUUGACCGUUGCCACCGUCGCUCUUAUGGCAUCUGGAUACUUGCCCAAUCGAAGGUGACACCUGGCGGUAACGCCGUGAAGUGCACCCACCUGUUAACAAAAUGUGCUUUCGCCUGUUGAUAUCGCUCAAGAUAUCCAGGAUACAUCUGCAAACCAUGGCAACGUGUGGAUACAGUGUCUACUACUGAGUCUACAAUCGUAGACAACGUUCAAUUAAAAAAAGGUCCAAAUUUUUGUUUACAAUCUUAUUCGUGGAAAUAUUCUACUAAGAGCUUUAUGAUUCCUGUAUAUAGUUGCGAAGAAUAUGAGUUUAUGAAGAUAUGUGCCAGAAGAGUGUUUUAUCUUGAAUGGAAGCUAUAAGACUAUAUUACAGUUGCAAUUAUGAAGAUGGCAUCGAAGAGGUAUAUGAAGAAAUGUAUCUUAUGUGUGCUACAUGUUUUGUUGGA